UCCCCACUGUAAGACCUUCGGCCACACUUAUUUGAAACUCGGGAAAAAAAAACGCAGAAAAUAGUCGAAAAUGUGUAUACAAAAAGUGUAACUAAGCGUUUUCAUGAGUGAUAAGGGCCAAGAGUUUACUGCUAGACGUUCGAGCGGCCAGUGACAGGCCUGGUUUAGUCGUACCCAAACCGGAAUGGGUGAUGCCUCAUAGUUUUUUCUGCAUCUGCUGGCGGAGAUUCGACUACCCCCUCCGCUGUACAAGUUUUAGCUAAUCGCGGAUAGUUGUGCCUGGCCAACACGCAGGCCGUUGGAAGAGUGCCAAGGAGCCAUCAUGACGCUGGAGACGCAGCCCGUUGGCGGGGUGAGCGACGGCAAGAUCGCUGGUCUUUAUGAUCUGGAGGAGACACUGGGAUCCGGACACUUUGCCGUCGUGAAGUUGGCCCGGCAUGUGUUCACCGGUGCCAAGGUGGCGGUCAAGGUAGUGGACAAAACCAAGUUGGACGAUGUGUCCAAGGCGCAUCUGUUCCAGGAAGUGCGAUGCAUGAAACUGGUGCAGCACCCAAAUGUUGUGCGACUGUACGAGGUUAUUGAUACCCAGACCAAGCUGUAUUUGGUUUUGGAGCUUGGCGAUGGUGGCGAUCUAUACGAUUACAUAAUGAAGCACGACUCUGGGCUCAGCGAGGAACUGGCCCGAAAGUAUUUCCGCCAAAUCCUACGUGCUAUCACGUACUGUCAUCAGCUUCACGUGGUUCACAGGGAUCUAAAGCCGGAGAACGUGGUGUUUUUCGAAAAGCUGGGCCUUGUCAAGCUCACCGACUUCGGGUUUAGCAACAAGUUCUUGCCGGGCCAAAAGCUAGAAACCUUCUGCGGCAGCUUGGCCUACUCGGCCCCAGAGAUCCUGCUGGGCGACUCCUAUGAUGCGCCUGCAGUUGACAUUUGGUCCCUGGGAGUAAUUCUGUAUAUGCUGGUCUGCGGUCAGGCGCCUUUCGAGAAGGCCAACGACUCGGAAACUCUGACCAUGAUCAUGGAUUGUAAGUACACGGUACCCUCGCACGUGUCCACUGAUUGUCGGGACCUGAUUGCCUCAAUGCUGGUGCGGGAUCCAAAGAAACGGGCCACUGUGGAAGAGAUUGCUUCAUCGGCUUGGCUAAAGCCCAUCGAUGAGCCCGAUUCGACGACCUCCACCUCAGAGCACUUUCUGCCUUUGGUCAGUCGCGAACAGCUGGGCGAAGAGGAUCACGCCUUUAUCAUACAAAAAAUGAUAAACGGAAACAUUGCGUCCAAGGAAGAGAUAUUGCAAGCUCUUGACAAAAAUAAGUACAAUCAUAUAACAGCCACAUAUUUUUUGUUGGCGGAAUUACGUCUGCGACGGCGACGAGAAGAGCUGGCUCAAAAACAGAGGCUGCUCAACGAUGCCAGCAUGAAAGUGGGAGAUGCGAGUCGCAAGCUAGUGCCUGAGAAACCAAGUCCAACCGAAGCCCAAAAAGGAGGAGUACCCAUCAGCAUUAACGUGACUCCAGCAGCUCAGUUUGCCAAUGACGGUGGCAAGCCGGACAAGCGCAGUCGCAAGUGCAGCAUUGUGCGUGAGGAGGACGAAGAGGAGUCUGCCACAGAAUGCACGGCGGUAGGCAAUGAGUUGAAGGUAACGUCGUCGUCGCGGCGCGAGGCCUUCUCAGAUUCCCCCUUUAGUAGGUCAAUACAUGAGCGUUCCAGCUCUGAGCCCGGAAAUCAAACGAAAGGCGAACAGAUAGCUAAUAGCGGAGUGCCAAGCCAUUCACGUACAAAGAUUGUCGUCUCGGUGGAUGCAACGCUGGCCCAUAAGCUCAAGCAGAUGGAGAAGAGUGCCAAGAUCGAUGAGGACACGCUGAGUGGUCUGAAGGAGCUGGAGAUCGGCAAGCUCAAGCCGCUUCCUAGCAGCAGCAAGAAUCCGGUGCUUACCCACCGUCGCACAAAGCUGAACAAGAUUCGGACGCCUUCAUGCAGCAGCUCGGAGGCCUCAGACGACGACACCAAGACACGCAACAAGAAAAAGAUUAACAAAUUUGUCGGUGACACGCCAGUGCGGUUUCGCAUGCAUCGUCGCGACUCGCAUGACGACUCCAGCGACUCGCAAGAUCAGCUAUAUCCGCCGCCCGGCUCGGCCAGCAAUGCGGGUAAUUUUAUCUCCAAAAGCGGCUCAGUAAGCGGCAAAAAAGAGGGACAAUCGCAGUAUAAAGAGCCAAAUAACAAAUCCGAUGAAAAUCGCAAAUCUCACAGCCAAAAAAAUCGGAAACAGCACAACAAGGAUCAUGUUGAUAAGCAUUCCCACGCUGAGAGGCAGCUGGCGGAUAGCAGCACAGCUACAACAGGAAAUUCCACGAAUAGAAGGCGGCGCAUUCGCGAGAGCCAGUCGCUGGACCGCAUCACAGAGGCUCAGGAAUACGAGAUGCGGCAUCGAUGCUACGCGGAGAGCGAGGCAGCAUCCUCGUCGUCCUCGUCCACCCAACAUAUCGAUCAGAGAUAUUCUUUACUCAGCCUAAACACUAGCACAUUCUCCGUUGCCGAAACCAAGGAGGAGUACGACGAGGAGGCAGACGCCACAAAUGCCACGGACCAAAUCAUGAAUACUUUGAAUGCAGCCAAAGCAACGCUUCAACAAGAGCAAUAUUUUAAUAACAAUACCAAUCUUAGUAGGAACUUCAAUCACAAUCACAACCAGAGCAUCAUCCACAUCAGUAGCCAGAAAGCCAACGGCAAGAAGUCCAACGAAACACCAAAAGAUAUUUAUAAUCUGAACUCAAUCGAGCAUAUCGACUUGAUUUUGGAGGAUAAAAGCCUUACCAAAGCAAUACACGUUACCGGCUCUAAAUGCUUUGUCACCAUGAAGAAAAUCCGACGGCUGGGAAAAUAUUUUCCCGUGAUGAACUUCUCUUAAUAGACACAGUUACUUCUUUGCAAAGUGCAUUCUAAAUAUUAAAAAGAAACUCGGUUAAGCGAACUACAUAGAAAAUAUGCAUGUAUUAAUUAAAACGUAUAAACGUCAACGUUAUCCCCCGUAUAUAGGAAAGAGCGCGAGAAUAUUUAAAUUUAGUGGUAGCGUAAUUGUUUUGUCUGUCGUCGUCAUUACGCUUAAAUUAUUCUAAAUAUAUUAAUUUAUGUUAAUUAUAAGUCUAAUCACUCAAUGCAAUAUUUAGUGAAAAUACAUUAAUGCCCAUAUGACAAUUGACU